AUGGUUGUCAAAAUUGAUCCAUUCGCUGACGAAACUGAGGCCGAUCUUAAAAGUCGACAUUUGAAAAGGUACUCUACAACAGGCAUAGUCCUCACGCUUGGUGUUGGAGACACUGGCCAGCUUGGCCUUGGACCGAAUAUUACCGAACGCAUGAAACCUGCCCGAUUUACCUCCGCCAGUCUUUCGACAGGAAGCCCCGUGGACGAUUUUGAAAAAUUUGUCCAGGUUGUUGCGGGUGGCAUGCAUACCGUUUGUCUCACUGAGGAUGGGAAGGUGUUCACGUUCGGUUGCAAUGAUGAGGGUGCUCUUGGUCGCUUGUCCGCGGACACUCCUUCCCAAGAUGGUGACGGAAAAUCCAUCAAUAGUUUUGUUGAAGAAUCUAGGCCUGGUGUUGUCACUUUUCCCGAGAAUGAUGUACAUAUUAUGAUGGCAAGUGAUAGUCACACUGCAGCUCUUGACGCUCUGGGACGCGUUUGGUUGUGGGGCACUUUCCGUGGCGCUGGUGGGGCAAUUGGACUAACUAAAGUGGGCGAGAUUUGUCGCCGCCCGACCCGUCUAAAAUCGCUUUCUUGUACGGUUGUGAAAAUCGCUUCGGGACAGGAUCACCUGGUUUGCCUUACUGAAGAAGGUCGUCUCCUCACAAUGGGAUGUGGUGAACAAGGCCAGUUAGGUCGAAUUGCCGAACGCUUCUCGAAGGAUGGUGGGCGCAAUGGAUUCGAUCUGCUUCUUCAACCUGGAGAAUGUCGUGUACGCGGAUGCAAGCGAUUUGUUGAUGUAUGGGCUGGCGGAUUUGCAACCAUUGCACGUUGUAUGAAUUCGGGCGUUAUAUAUGCUUGCGGCUUAAAUAACUACGGACAGCUUGCCCUUGUCAAAAAACGGUGCUCUGGGACAAUGGAAAAGAUGCAGGUUGAUGAAAGUAAUCUGGUGAGUACAGAGAACAUUGUCGAACGUGAGCAACUCUCAGAGUCCAUGUUGGCCAAAAGGCAGGGUCCUCUCGUUCAAUUUAUGCUUACUCCUGCAAAUGGCUUUGAUCCAGAAAAGAAUUGGGUGCAGUUUGCCAUAGGAAUGCACCAUACUCUGGCGUUGACCUCUUCGGGUGAUGUUUAUGCCGUUGGCCGAAGUGAUUACGGGCGUCUUGGCUUUACCAUCUCCAAAUCCGAUUCAGAUGCCUCUGCAGUCUCCUCCCCUCAUGUGGUUCAAGGCCUUCUACUUGGUCGGAAAUGCUGCUGGAUUGGUUGUGGCGAGGCUUGUUCUUUUGCGAUCGAUGAUGCGGGAAAGGCCUUCUCUUGGGGUAUGGGAAGUAGUCAGCAGUUAGCUCAUGAAGCGGAGUAUGAAGAUGCUGUCGAACCUGGUGAAAUGGUCGGUAGGAAUCUCUUAAACAGGCGGGUUGUCAUGAUCGAUGGUGGCGGUCAACAUACUGUCAUGCUUGCAGAGGAUCUCUCUCGGGUUAGGCCUACGAUGACGAAACCAGACACUGAAGAAAGCAUGGGGAAAAUUGAGUCUCGUGAGAAAAAAAUGUCACCGGUAAUGAAGAAUCAUACACCACCAGUUCCGAUGGAUACAACUUCUGAGGUAGCAACCGCUGCAAUAAAUGAAAAAGACUCGACGGACAAGCCCAUUGUGCAUUCGCUGAGCGCAUCAAACCCUCCUCCUGAUGUUGCUAGCACUGCAGGGGCCACAGUUAAUAGCAGUUCUGUGCACAGUUGUUCCUUCGUUGCAAGCGAUCAGUCUUCACUGAGCAGUGCCCACAGCACAGACGGUGGGGGAUCGAGUCGUCUAGGCGGCUCGCUGUUUGCCCAGCCUGUGGAUGCGCCUCUGGCCUCAAAGGUUGGAGCUCCACCCCUUGCGGGAGCUAAUUGUGGCGGCAGCACCACUAGCACCAGCGAACCCGGAUUCCCGUUGACCGACGGUGGCUCCAACACCGCAUCCCCUGCCAACACUCAUUAA